AAAUAAUUGCAGACACAUUUCUCCUUUUCUCCACCCGACCGUGAGUCUUAUUUUGAAAUGCCUCAGCGUCUCCUCCUUUGCGCUCUGGCUGAAUUGACGCGGCACGGAGGCAACCCAUGAUCGCAGACUCAACACGCAUCCUCACACCACUGACCUGGGCUGCGCUGUGUCCUGCAUGUGUGUGCGUGUGUAUGCAUGUGUGUGAGCGGGAGUGUGAGUGAUCCCCAGCAACGAGCAGGAGGAUGGAGGAUCUCAAGGAGAUCCUGGGAACUUUGGAUUGACGCCCGGGGAUAACGCGCCGUCGGCCCGAACCUCAUCGGGCUUCUCGUGGAUUUUAUACAUUUGGAUGUUGUCUCUACCCCGAUUUUACCUUUUUCUUCUAGGCAGUGGGGAUAUACACUUGGCUUGCAGUCUCUGUUAUUUUUGGCGAACAAAAUGCCAUUCGCCAAAAGGAUUGUGGAGCCGCAGCUUCUGUGCAGACACCAGAUCCCCAACGAUGAAGGUCUGCUUUUCGAGGACCUGUGUGCCAUCAGUCAUGUGGUUCUCUCGCGGACCUUGCGACAGCUGUCCGACCUGGCACGGCAUGCGUGCUCCUUAUUUCAGGAGCUAGAGAACGACAUCAUGAGCACCAGCCAGCGUGUCUGGGUCCUUCAGAACAAAAUAGGCCAGAUCCAGCAGGCUGCCAAUGCCCUGGACCCCAAAAAGGAGGCAGUGCCUGUGUCGAACUUGGAUAUAGAGAGCAAGCUGUCGGCGCACUAUCAGGCUCCAUGGCACCAGCAACACAACGUGUUUCACCCGUGCACCAGACCGCCGUGUCUGGAGGAGCUCCACAGAAAUGCCCGUCUGAGUCUUAGAGCUCUGCAUGGCGACGAACAACAGCAUCAGCCUUCUUCAAGUCGAGAGAGAAACAGGGUGACCAUCUCCAUCUCCGUGGCGCCACCCAUGCCCACCUUUCCCUCACCGCAUAGCAUUCGGCGGCAACAGAGGAGUCGGCUCGCACGAGCGCAAGAGAGAGCAGAGAGGGAACGAGAGCUGGAGUAUCAACCCAGAAAGGAGAGGAUAGUCAAAGAAACAGAGAUCCAGACUACAGAGAGAAAGCUACAAGAGAUGCCUGGUAGAGAGGAGGAUAUGAAAACAAUCGAAAGGAAGUUUGAGUGCUUUUACUCACUUGAAACUAUUGAAGGUUGCAUCUUCAUUCCAUGGAAUAGAAAGGUUACCUCAAUAGAGAAAAGUGAAAGUAGUGAGGUCAUUGGAGGCCAAGCAGUCAAGGCCGUAAACCACAGUGCCCCCUCUGCCCAAGACAAGCAGGCAAACUGGUCAAAGGAAAACGUCCCGCCAUCAGAUCAGAAGACAAAUGACGAUUCUCAAGCGGUCUCCUCAUGCAUUAUCCCCAUUAAUGUCACAGCAGGAGUCGGGUUUGACAGAGAGGCCAGUGCCCGUUGCUCUCUAGUUCACUCCCAGUCGGUGCUUCAGAGAAGAAGGAAGCUGAGGAGGAGAAAGACUAUCACUGGAAUACCCAAACGGGUACAACAGGACAUGGACUCAGAUGAAUCACCUGUGGCAAGAGAGCGUACAGUGAUCAUCCAUGCCAAUUCACAUCAACUAUCUCUCUAUCAGGAGGACCUCUCAAUUAGUGGGCGUCUCCAUCACACUCGUGACUCUGGCUGCCAGACAGAUGAUUUUCUUAUAGCAUGUACAGCUGCUCCCUCCAGAAGGCGCAUUAGAGCUCAGCGCAACCAUCAAGGUAUCCCUGCCUCUCUGUCCCAUUCUACGGGUAACAUUUCCUCCUUGGGUGACCAGUCGGACUCAACAUACACAACAGCUUCUACACAUGGUGGCCGCUUACGCUCACGUAGCCUUCCAAGAGAGGGCGGCCGUCUAAUCGACAGUGACGAAGACGAUGAUGACAACUAUGAUGAUGAUGAUGAUGAUGAAGAUUUAUCACCUUAUGAAGCAGAGGACUUCAUUCCAUCGGGACCAAGUCCAAGAAUGAAGAUGAUGAUGAUGAAGGAUGAAGAAGAGAGUACAGAUGAUCAGGCAGCCCCUGAGCCACUGCAACUUGGAAGCCUAAAAAGACUGCAGAGGUCUAGUGAAAGAGACAGGGGCGGUGGAGGAGGUGGGAGUCCAGAACAUAGCUGGAUGGAGAGGGGUCGUUCUCGCUUGCCCCGCAAGGCUGACAUGGGUAGCUGUGAAAUUUCAUCCAGUUCUGAUACUUUUAGCAGCCCUAUUCACUCGGUGUCUACUACAGGCGUUCUAGGCAGUCAUGUGGACCACAAGGAGGACCACCAGUCAUCAAGUGGAAACUGGAGUGGCUCCAGCUCCACCUGCCCCUCACAAACAUCUGAAACUAUUCCCCCACCCUCUUCUCCACCCCUGACAGGCUCUUCCCACUGUGAUUCAGAGUUAUCACUUAAUACAGCACCCAAUGCCAUUGAUGAGGGAUUUUCCCUGGAUCCUUCCUACCACUCUGACCUCAGGCCCCAGAGUCAAGGCCACAGAUCAAGCUCUUUUACAUCAUCUGCCACAGACCAGCUAGAUGAUGCAGGGGUCAGUACAGCCAGCGAAGGGGAGUGGACAUACCCCCAAGACCAAGAUCAGACCGAUCCAGAUCAGGACCAAGAUCCCACCCAAAAGCUAAGUGAAAACCACCAGUUUCUUCGAGAAUACAGCUCAAUGGAAGGUCUUAAUGACCAAACAUGUUUCAGUAAACAGAAACCAAAUGCUGAAAAAGAGCCUGAGUCUCAUUACCCAUCUGAUACAGAAGGUUUCUACUCAUCCUCUGUGAAUCUUGAGGAGUAUAAUCAGAACUACAGAGAAUACACAUGUAACUAUGCAGACCUCGGGCCUGAUUGUCAUCAGUCCAACACUGUGGCAAAACGAUUAUCCCAUGGAGGUUAUCCUCAGCCUCCACUUGAGUUCAAACCAGGCACUAUGACUUUAGGGAGGACUUGCCGUCCUUUAAGGAAAUCAAAACUCAAACCUCCACCACCCAAGCGAACAUCCUCACUAAAGGAAACCAAUAGUAGUGUUGAUGUUGGAACAGACACACAAGCAGAUAAGGAUCAUCCAAAGAUGGUUAGUGAGCAAGAACUUACCUCGUCUUCCACAGAUAUGAAGCUGGAACUGGACCUGGAACUUGGAGGAGCUCCAGAACCAUUACAGUCAUCUUGUCUAGUUGCAGAAUCUUUAGGAACUUGGGGCAUGGGACUGGGGGGAGCCAUGGACAUAGUAGAGCCCAUGUCCUUUAGCUCCGCAGAUACACACUCAUUUAAGGAUGAAGGUGCAGUGCAGUCUGACUAUGCAGAUCUGUGGCUUCACAACAGUGAGCUUAAGUCUAACAAUGGUGAGUACGCAUCAAUGUCUAACUCAAGCACAGCUACAGGCACCACUGUUAUGGAUUGUAUGAAAUCACCAGACAGCUCUUCCUCUUCCACAGAAACGCAAAUUCAGGCUGUUGCCCAGACCUUAGAGUCCAAGGAAAGCAGUCCAUCUCUCCCAUCUGGAGACUUUAAACUUGGGUCACCUGAGAAACUGGCCGGCCUAGCCUCACCAUCAAGUGGUUAUUCCAGUCAAUCAGAAACCCCUACAUCAACCUUACCCUCAUCUUCAGCAGCCUUCUUCCCAGGACCACUGUCCCCUUCAACUGGCAAGAGAAAGCCUAAAGUGCCAGAAAGGAAGUCAUCUCUCUCUUCCUUGCAACAAAUUCCCAGAGAUGGGGCUUCCAUUUCAUUUUGCAAUAAGAGAGAUCCAGAAUUUCCUCCUCCACCUUCUCAACUUGAUCUCAAUGUUCUACAUGGAGGUUAUGUGAGACACACCUUAUCCCACCGAGCAUACCACAUGCACACCCUUCACCACAACAAACACAGAGUUGCAAAUGUUUUGUCCACUGGACUAAAAAUAAUGGUCCCUGAGAUAACGAAUACCAAUCCACCACCAAGUUCAACAAAUCCAGGCUCUAAUGUUCUGCCAGUUACUCCAUCAACAAUUCGUUCAGUGCAUCUUCAUUCAGUUAGCCAGUCUUCAGAGCCACAGAGUUCUUCCACAACAUACCAGGACACAGCGAAUGGAACUGAGACUGUGACAAGGCCAAAAUGUCCCCCAAGUGGUUCCACCCUGGCUCCUCCCCCUGUUAAUAUCAGGCCUCUCCCUCCCAGAAGGCCACCUCCCAGACCCCCAUGUCAUGAUCACACCUCUUCUCCCGAACGUUCACAGCCACCUCCACCUGGUCGCCACCCUGAUGGACCUCCAUCCUAUGAAAGUCUGCUUCUAAGGCAGGACCGGUAUGGACCAGGAACCUUUUGGGCUAUGACUGCCUUCAGAACAAGGAUGGACCCUUCGUCAGACAUCUCUGAAGACAGUUCUCCCCUGCAUAGACCAGUUCCACGUGCUCCACACCCUUCACCUGUGGAUCUCCACACUCAUAUUCACUCACACACAGAGUUCAGGGGGCUCACCCACUCAACACAUGCACGUUCCGAGUUUAGAGUUUUGGGGGAGCGCUCGUUCUCCCAGGAUGACGACGAGGAUGAGGAGGAGGAGGAAGAGGAUGAAGAAGAGCAGGUAAAGGAGCCACAGAGGGCUGCAUGUUCCAGAGGAGGAAUGCGAUUGGACCACCCUCCUCCACCAGCCUAUGAAUUUGCUGGAGGAUCCCACUUAAACUCAGGGCCAUGGGCUAGUCCUGUCAAAGUGCCUGGUAACACAACAGAGGCAUCGCAUCCUUACCUAAUCAGCGAUGCAAGGACAGGAGGACAAGAAGUGCAUGAAGAAGAGAGGGAAGUGAUAUCAGGUGCUACCAGAAGUGCCCAUCCGCACCAACUCCAAGAGAGCAAGGAUGACUCCACCACUCCUGACACUGAGGAUUACUUUAGCAAAGAUUCCACACCAAGUGACAAUUCACUUUCCCCUCUGACGGAUGACACCAAAGUUGAUGACGACAUUAUUAUUACAUCCCCUAACAAGAGUCGUACAACAGAAGACCUUUUUGCCAUGAUACACAGAUCCAAAAGAAAGGUCCUUGGCCGUAAAGAUUCUGGAGACCUAAACGUGAAGUCUCGUCUUUGUCCUGCGUCAGCCGUAACCCCCAGUAAUGUUUCCACUGGUGUUGUCCCUCCAGCUCCUCCUCUUAACUUUCCUGCUACUUUAGCCAAUGCCGUUGGGUCACAGAGAGCUCCUGUUCCAAUCUAUCGUAGUGCAAAGAAAUCCAGCACAUCCAACGAGGAGUUUAAACUUCUUUUGCUAAAGAAAGGCAGCAGGUCUGAUUCUAGCUAUCGCAUGUCAGCGACAGAGAUUUUGAAGAGCCCCAUUACCCCCAAAACACCAGGGGAGUCCCUUCAAGAAGCUUCAAUUAGACAGGCAGAGGAGCAAUCUUCUACGCCUCAGGAGCCCCCAAUCUCUGUUUUGGACCCAAUCCAGAUACCAGGCCUUUUUCCUCGGGCCAACUCGGAAAGUUUCACUCCCAAAACACUCCCCAUGUCAGCUGCCUCUCGACAGGGACGUUCUCGGAUCCCCCCGGUUGCUAACAGCAGUCGCUACAGUACACGCAGUCGCCUCUACACAGCGCCCAUGCAAGCCAUUUCAGAAGGGGAGACUGAAAACUCAGAUGGGAGCCCUCAUGAUGAUAGAUCGUCAUAAAAUAAACUGAUAAGAACUUUUGCCUGUUCUUAGCUGUUUUCUGGAUUUUCAAAACCUGCACUUCUCCUUUUCACCAGUGGAGGGAUUCCUGCAACAUUUCAAAUCUGACUGUUGCUGAAAUGCACUCAGCUAAAAGCUAACUGUUUAAAAGUGGCAGACUGUUGUGAGAUAGAGAAUGAUUAAGGGAUUAUAAUGAAGUCCUGAAAAUAUAUCUAAAUACCUUAUUUAGUGAAGAAUAGUCCCCUUCUUUAAAAGUGCAAGGAAUAUUUUGAUUGAACAAGCUUUUUCUAAAAAUAAUAAUAAAAAAAAAAUUUAAAAAUCUCAAGUAUUCGAAAACUGAUAGGACAUAAUAUUGUGACAAAGUGAGUGUGCAUGUACAGACACAUGCAAUCUUUACUAAUAUUUGUACUUUUUGUGUUUUCAAUGGUGCGGGUGCACCUAUGUCACUUGGGGACUGAUUUACUACUUCAUUUAAAAAUUCUUUCCACAUUUCGUAUUCUUUCAACCUAGGGUGCCCACUGGAUCAGCCAGACUUCCUAGACUCUUUACUCAGUAUUCCUGCCAACAAGCAAAGUCGGUUUGAUGUGGAAGUCACUAGCAAGAGUCUCAACUCAGCACCAAGUUUUUUAUUAUAUUUACAUCUGCAGACCUGCCAUAAAGUAUAUUACAAAGAGCCAAUCUUAUAUUUGUCAACUAAAAUGAUAUCCAAAUACUAACAUGAUGCAUGUAUUUUUGUAAAAAUGCGCCUCAGAAAAUGAUAAGACUUCAACUUGUUGCAUGACCUAUGUGGAAAGAAUCCCUGAUCCUAGUUUGUGUCAACAUUUUUGUACUUCUUUUGUAUUACAGGAGAAUUGAUUAUGUCACUGCGAAAGAUAUGAGUUGCAUUAACGCUGCAUAGAUCAAAACAGAUUUUUCUUUGAGUAUCGAAAACAGAAGGAGCAAGGCUUGCACCUAUUUGUCUAUCAUCCAUGCUAAUUUUGGACAAUCGCACAGUGGCCUUUCUCCUACAGAGUUGGUUGUGGUAGGACAUUUGAAAGACCCUGAACGUAUAAAUACAUAUGAAGCUACAUGUAAAGUUUCACUAAAAUUAAACCUCACACUUGUCAAAAGCUGACAUUAAAAUGUAUUGCUCUUUCCAGCUGCUAGCAAAAAUUGCCAUUCAAGAAAAAGAAAAUGUGCGUUUCAUUGCAAAUUUAAGUGAACCACAUGGUGAAAAUGCUUUAGAAGGACUUCAAUCUGUUGGACUAGAGCAGGGGUGCCCAAAGUGGGUCCUUGAGGGCCGGAAUCCUGCACAUUUUAGUUCUUUCCCUAGUUUAACGCACCUGAAUCUAAUGAUGGCUCAUUAGAAGGCCUAAGAAGAACACUGACAUGCUGAAAAGGUUGUUGGUGCUACCAGGGAGAGAACUAAAAUGUGCAGGAUGCCGGCCCUCAAGGACUGACUUUGGGCACCCCUGGACUAGAGUUUAACUUGGUAUGGUUUCACAGAUCCAACCUCGUUUUGCACUUCGUGAUACAUAAGAAUAUAAGAAAGAACGAUAUAUCUUAUAAUGAAAUCCAUGUAUAUUUGUACCGAAUAGAAAGCUCUUAUCUAUAUUAAAAUUACGAGAACUUUUACGGGGAACCAAUCUGGGUGUAGCAAAGAACAGGUCUCACUGAACAUUACACAUGUUUUUUUUUGUUUGUUUGUUUUUUUAGCAGUGUACUGUUCGCCUCUCCUUGUUGCCUCUCCUUCAUUUGCACUGACCCAGUAGCAUUAGACAGGUGAAAGCUCAACCCCAGUGGCCAAUAAACCAUUCUGAAUUAUACUUCAAACCUAACAUAUCACAUCAUUUCUCUUCAAAAAGAGAGAAGACAAUAAUAGACAACAGUACGACAUAACAUUGAUGGUUCAUUUAUUAAUGCUGCAAGGGUGAAAGAGAUUUGCCCUUUGAACAGAUAUACAUAUGUGGAAAGCUUGAACUCUCACCUGCCUACCAGAAAAAACACAACACAUAUACUUCUUAUGUUUAGAGACCAUGCUUCGAUUGAAACCAUUCACUGUAUUCUGUGAAUACCUCAGAAAUCAUGUCUGUUUUAUCAUGAUAGAUAGAUAGAUAGAUAGAUAGAUAGAUAGAUAGAUAGAUAGAUAGAUAGAUAGAUAGAUAGAUAGAUAGAUAGAUAGAUAGAUAGAUAGAUAGAUAGAUAGAUAGAUAGAUAGAUAGAUAGAUAGAUAGAUAGAUAGAUAGAUAGAUAGAUAGAUAGAUAGAUAGAUAGAUAGAACACAACUGUCUGAAACUCAGCGAAUCUAAUGCAGAACUGACACUGUGUAAGAUGGAGAGCGUAAAAAAGCUGUGAACUGACUAGAAUUUUACAUUCAUCAAAUUUCUAAAGCGCACUUGUUCCUGUCCACUGUUUUAUUUGUUGUGUUUUUUUUUUAAUCGCAUGCAAUAAAUAGAAAGGGGAGGGGCGGGCGGGGAGAGGGGAUAAAAGAAAAUGACAUCACCUAUUCAUUAUUUUUAUCUGCAGGAUUUCUCCACAAUAAAAAAAAGAUUUUGUAUUUUCUGUUUAAAUGUCAAGUUGAAUAGUGUGUUCUAUAGAUGUACAAACUGUCUGGCUAAUUCUGUUCUGUAUAGUUGUGCUCACACACAGGGGUUUAUCAUGUACUGUAUAUCUCCUCACUGGACAAUCACACAUUUAAGAGACUGUAAAGUAAUGGAUAUAGGAUGAAAGGGUGGAAACUGAACAGCUUUGGUGCUGGGGCUCCGUCCCCCUGGAGCUGUGGAAGUGAGAAAGCUAUUUCCUGAAGAAACCAGUAAAAGUGCACAUCUGGACGGUCUGCCUUGGAUGACAUGUACAAAUAAGCAAAAAACACAGAAAUGGAAACGGAAAUAUCAAUGCAUAAACACAUGGUUGGUUGGCCUGCUCAGAAAGUCAUUGUCUGUUUGACUCAUAGUUGAAUUUUGUUGCUCCAGCAAACAUUAUUAUUGAACAUGAUGAAUCUGAAAAUAUUGUAACAUAUCUGACCAUUUAUUUAGAGGGAUUUGUCCAUACUGUACUUCCUACUGGUACGGAGGAAAUAUUUGACGACUGUUUCUUUAGUUUUAAAAGCAGUGAAUGGAAGAUUAAUUUAAACCUUUUGAUUAGGGAUACAGACUUUGAUGCAUCCUUGCAGGCUCGUUACACGGUAAUAUCUGAGUCCUUAGAAGCUUGGGAAUAACAACAUAAGGAGAAAACUUUAUAAAGUUUAUUCCCAACUUUGAAGUAUAACAAUAACCACAUAUUUUUCUUCAAACGUGUACAGUAUGGAAUAUCACUAAACAGAUUAAAAAUAUCUGACCAGAAAAAAAAAAACUGUAGGCAAUGAUAAAACGAUGAUUAAAAAAAAAAACACACACACACACACAAACUGUUUAAAUGUAGUUCCAUGUUCAAAACUAACUAGAACUUAACAGAUUUCAAUCUCUUUUGUAUUUUUGUAUAAAUCUGUAAAUAUGUUUUUGAAGGAGAAAAAAAA